ACAGGAAUUCCUGCUAUGCGGCCGGUGACAGCCAGCCAUGGGUGACAGCGUCGUCACAGCCCGUCGUUCGUGGUGACACCGAUGGUGACCACCGUCUGGUGUUCCAGAUCUGUUGCCUGGCGACGAGCGGCGAUCAACUAACCAGCUGUGAGCAACUUGGCAGCAGUUUAUCCGAAGACGCACAGCUGUUUGGGCCACUGUCAGACUUUACAGGCGGUGGAGGAAGCCCUGAUGCUCUGAGUUGGACCGGUGCCUUUUCUCCACUUGAACUCUUCGCAGGGAUUAACUAGACUAGCUUCCUCUUGCUAAGGAGUUUUGCAGAUAAGAUUAUGGAUUUGUUCGGGGUGUUGCAUCUGGACGAGCUGUCCCACGGACUGGCAAACUUGUCAAUGUUUCCAUACUUUGACAUGGCGCACUACAUCGUGUCAAUCAUGGCUCUGAGGGAGCAGCCAGGUGUUCUUGAGGUUUCCAGAGUCAGCCCCUUAGCCUGCUGGUUCAGCUCCAUGCUCUUCUGUUUUGGUGGAGGUGUGCUGUCUGCCAUCAUGCUGGCCGAGCCAGCUGUUGCACCUUUGUCCAACAGCACCAGUGUUCUGCUUGCUUCAAUCACAUGGUACCUAGUGUUUUACUGCCCCAGGGACCUGGUGUACUGUUGUGCUGCCCUGCUGCCUCUCAGGCUAGUGCUGUCAGGGAUGAAGGAAGUGACCAGGACGUGGAAAGUGCUCGGAGGGGUUACCCAGGCACAUAGUAAAUACAAAGACAGUCUGAUGGUUAUGAUUGCCAUUGGAUGGGCUAAAGGUGCUGGAGGUGGUCUGAUAAGUAAUUUUGAGCAGCUUGUUCGAGGCGUAUGGAAACCAGAGACUAAUGAGCUCCUCAAAAUGUCUUACCCCACCAAGAUCACCCUGAUAGGGGCGGUGCUGUUUGCUCUGCAGCAGACCCACUAUCUGCCUCUCCAGAAGCACCACCUGAUGCUCAUCUACACCAUAUUCACUGUCGUCAACAAGUCAAAGAUGAUGCUGACAGGCUCCUCCGCCUCACCAUUCGCUGGCAUUGAGUCGGCCAUCUAUAAGACCCUUUUCACUGGCCACUCCCCUUAUGCUGCCCUCACCAGCGAGGAAAAGAAAGCGUGCAUCAAUAACGGCGCAACCAACGGGACGACCUCAACUGCCACAACUGGUGGAAAUAGAGUAGUGGGGACGAACACCCUGGUUUCUCCUGUCAACGGACAAAGUGGAUUGCUCAAAGCCAAAGAGGAGUCAGAGAACGCAGAGACAACAAACUGCAAGAAGAGCAAAUAGUCAGCCUCUGCCCCAUAGCGCCUUUUCACCUCUAAACAGGGUUGUGGAGUCAUUUCUGAUUCAGAUUGGUCACUUCAGGACUUAUUUAUGUGCUGUUUUUCUUUUUAUCAAGACAUGUUUUUGUUCCAUCUAAAACAUAUUUUCUAAUAAUUCCUGAGAAAAAUUUUUUUAUUGUUGGAUAAUCACCCCGUCCUUAAAGUACUGUAAUAUUUAUGCUGGAUGUGAAAUUCAUACUAUCCUCGAGCAGAUUGCACACUUGCAGUAAAAUGUGUAGCUUGAUUUUUAAUAUAUAUUUAUAAUAAUUAAUAAUUGAAUCUCUGGGUUUUGGGAACAGUUGUGCACCUGCUGAUCUUUGAAUGUUUUCUGCUUUAUGUAAAUGGUGUUUUUCAUACUAUGAAAUGAUUAGAAACAUUUUUUUAAAGAGAGAUUAUAUUCUAUAUAUUCUAUAUUCCUGUCUUCAUAAUAAAUAAUUGCACUCUUGAAUGUAUUUUAAAAUGGAUGACAACUUUUUAUUAUAUGCAGUUUCUUCUGGUAAA